AAGGUUAUCUUCAAUUCAACUUCUCAUCCCACGAAUUUUUAACUGGCUGGAAGGGUUUUUUUUCGUGUUUUGUACUUAUUGCGGUCCUAUGAGCUUACUGCAGCAUUGUGGGAGACGGAACAUGCGCAAAUCAAACUACAGUUCAGCUGAAUGAAAUUCAAAAUGGCGUAAGAGUUGGGGAGGGAGUUAGCUUUAUGGCGAAAUUAGUUUUUUGGAUUUGAAAUGUUUCAUAAAAUAAAAUCCUUCAUCCAUGAAGCCGUCGAAGCGCUCGCUCCCGAUGUUCCUCCUCAAGAAACCUUUGUUUUUCACUGGAAGGCCAUCACAAAUUAUUUUAUAGAGGCUACAGAUGAAAAAGUUCCAGUGCAGUCCACCAAUAUUCCAUAUCAUUUGGAGCAAAUGCUGGAUAUUCUAAAAGAUGAGGAAGACGAUCAGACCAGUGGAGGGACAACGGGACCCUGUCUUGAAUACUUGUUACAGCAUAAAAUUUUGGACACUCUUCACACACUGGGUCGAGCAGAUUGCCCUCCUGGAAUGAAACAGCAAGUAUUGCUGUUUUUUGCUAAUCUGCUGGCAAAGAUGAAACAACCCCUGCUACCGCACAUUAGUGUUUACCGACCAGUUCAUAGAUUAAUUAGACUCUGUGGUGAGGUGAAAGCUGCUCCAUCUGAGAAUGAAGAAAUCCAAUUCCUUUGUGUUGUGUGUGCAAAGUUACGACAAGAUCCCUACUUAGUUAAUUUCUUUCUUGAGACAAAUUCUGCUUCUACGCCUCUCUUGCCUUCUCAGGCUGGUGAGCUGGCAUUGGCUACAACUCCAACUUCGUCACCAGAAGACUUAGGUCCCCUCCCUGGUCCUGUUAAAACCCAAGGACGUGACAAGCCUGAUUAUACACUAGUUACUUCUCUCCUCAACCUGUCAAAGAGUGAGGACAGCAGAAUAGCAGUGAAGGCUUGUGAGGGACUUAUGCUUUGUGCAUCUCUUCCUGAGGAACAUGCGGCCACUGUUAUUAUCCUGUACACACCAUUCUGUGAAGUCAUGGCAGACAGGCUUAAAGUGUUAUUUGACGCCUUGCCAAAGAAUAUGGAGCCACUGGAUAUAUCUGCUGUUGCCGCCAAGUGGGGGCUUGACCAUCAGAGUGAUGAUGAAGAUGUGUUAUCAUUUCCUGGAAAAAGGCAAUUGAUUUCUUUUCUCUCCUGGUUGGAUUAUGUUGACCAGCUCUCAAAAGAAGCACACAAGUUGGUAGCCAAAGCUCUAGCAGUAGGAGUGAGAGAAAGAUUUCUCCAGACAGUCAUUGAACCUGGUCUGAUCCAGCAAUCAGAACUUGGGAUUAUUACCACAACUGCAGUGUUAAGAAGAUGUGUGAAAGCUGUCACCUCACCACAACUCCUUCAAGAAAUGUGUAUAUUUCUCCUUGGUGAAGGGACAUUGCCAGAAAUUACAUCUCAUGAAGGAGAACAUAAAUUACGGCAAACACUUAUUGAGAGAUGUGAUCACUUAUCUGAUGAGGUCAGUAUAGAGACACUGAAGCUGUUCGAGACAUUACUCAACAAACCUUGUGACUUAAUUUUGAAUAACCUUGUUCUCCGGAACCUUAAGAGUAGAAAGUACUUUGCCACACCUAAAGUGACCAAUGGAGAUACGUCAAGUAAUGGACCUGUGACAGAGAGUUUGACACCAGCGUCACUUGUUACUAAAGUCCCACCUUCACCAACAUCACCUUCCUCUCCUCCACUUACUCCAGAUGGGCUGGGACCAGCACAGAUUGGCAAUGACAUUGACAGAGAAGAAGUGGAACAAGUUGUAAAUAGUUUUAUUUCUUUAGUACCUGAUGAGAUAAAGACGUCAGCCUUAACAGGAGACACUGGCUAUGACACUUACUUAAGAGAUGCCCAUAAACAGUGCAGUCAGCGUGCUUUACAGACUGUUACUUUCAACUGGCCUUCAACUCCAAUCCCUCUGCAUGAUGUAGAAGACAGCAGAGAAAAUUUUUAUGAAGGUGUAUUCUUGAGCAUGCUGUUUACAAAACUGCAGAGACUCCUAGAUCAGCCAUAUGAUGUGAACCUUCAGGUGACAAGUGUGAUAGCACUGUUAACUCAGUUCAACCAUCCUCAGCUGCAAGAGUUUCUUCUUAGUGCUUCCUUGCCUCUAGCACCUGACUGUCGCUCUCUUCACUCCACUCUUCAAAACGUUGUUCAAGAUCUAAGAGGUAGAAUACAAAGAUUGCCAAACUUUCAGAGAAAUGUUGUGUCGGUUAGAAGGCAAUUGAUGGGUGUUGCCACAUCACCUGAACACAAGAGUCUUAGUGAAAGCAAUCUUCUCGAAGCUGCAAUAGUACUGGAGGAAUUUUGCAAGGAAUUAGCAGCCAUUGCAUUUGUUAAAGCAACAGAGAGAGUGCAGGGCCGGUAACAAGACUUCAAGAACAGAGUACAACAAUGGCUAUCAACAUCUAACCAAUUGAGCUUCUGUUAAACACAAGGAAGUGUAAAAGCCUACAGACCAAGAGAGACUUGGGGCUUUUAGUGAACUGCUAGUUGCAAUCAUAAGCAGAAGUUGCAAAUGUUAGCAUAUCCGGGAGUCAAUUCAAGCAGCUUUAUGUUUGGUGUAGGAUGCAAAAUGCAAGGAAUAAUCUUGCAACUGUUUGCAGACCAUAAGCAUUUGUUUUUGAAUGGUAUUCUCCUGUUUAAUCUUGAUUUGUUCACCAUUCAUUGGGUGUAUGAAUGUACACACACUUUUUUCAACCUUCUGCAGCCCCUUCAUUGCACCAAGAUCCCAUGAAAUUAUUUUACCUACAUUGACUUGUUAUUGGCUAAUGGGUCACAAACCAUUCCCUGUUAUUUAUUUUACUCUUAGUAUGGAAAGAAAAAAUGACAGCAAAUUUUGAUUUUGAUACAAACUGUGUGUUCACUUAAUUAACUAUGAUAAACUAUAAUUUAACUCUCCUAGGGAUAUUCAAAAAGAAAGUACAUAAUAAUAUAAUUAUUUCUGAAAUGGUUGCAAUUACUGUACUGGCAAUGCUUAUUAUUGCCAGGACAUUAUUACCAGGAAAUUUUUUGGGACUGAAUUAGAUUUGGUUGGUUUAAUUGGGAACUAGUAGAGUAGUAGUCGCAAGGUUUAUACAAAGUCUGGAAAAAAUUAACAUCCUUAUUAUGUGAAAUCUUGCUUCUGAACAUCAACUUCUUUUACACACUGUUGUCAUCACAGUUCCAUCUGAAGGAAUCUUGCCAGGAAGAAAUUUUAUGGGUUUCUGGUAGAAGUCACAUUUAGUAGUCAAGUCAUUGAAUCAGAACAAACCAGUGCAUCAGCUGGCACACAAUAAUAUUGGUCUUAGAGGAUGCGUUCUUGUUGGCGAAUGGGUGAAUUUUAGGCAUAUUUUUAUUACAUUUGUUUGCCAUCACAAAGGAUGGAUUGCUUCAUUUGUAUCAAAGAGAUUACUAGUUAAAUCUAUUAUCGUGUUGAAAAGAAACAAAGUCAUGCUAUAUUAAGGAGAUGUAUCAGUAAGAGAUAUUUGUAAUAAAAAUAUUCACUGGGAACUAA